CUUAUAUAAACAGCCAGCCAGCAACCCCCCUCUGUCAUUGCCCGCUGCAGAGGCACUAAUGCACAUCUCCCCCACUGUGUAGACUCCCUCCUUCCUUUGCACCCCCCCAUUCCAUUACGUCUUUCUACUACUUCCCUUUUGCAGGUGCACAUCCAAUGGCAAGUCUUGGCAAUGGCAUCUUUGAACUCAGAGUGGAGCAAGGUGAACCGUCUCUUGUUCCUCCUGCAGAGGCUACUCAGAGGGGGUUUUAUUUUCUCUCAAACCUCGACCAGAACAUUGCUGUGAUCGUUCGAACCAUCUACUGCUUCAAGUCAGACUCCAGGGGCAACAAGGAAGCUUUCCAGGUUAUCAAGAGCGCCUUGUCGGAGGUUCUCGUUCACUAUUACCCGCUUGCUGGAAGGCUGACUUUAAGUCCCGAGGGGAAGCUGAUUGUGGACUGCACCGGGGAAGGAGCUGUUCUUGUUGAGGCCGAAGCCAACUCUACAAUCGAGCAAAUCGGCGACAUCACCAAGCCUGACCCUGUGACACUCGGAAAGCUCGUUUAUGACAUCCCUGGCGCGAAGAACAUACUUGAGAUUCCUCCCUUGGUGGCUCAGGUGACUAAGUUCAAGUGUGGCGGAUUCAUUCUUGGGCUGUGCAUGAACCAUUGUAUGUUCGAUGGGCUUGGCGCCAUGGAGUUUGUGAACUCUUGGGGUGAGACUGCAAGGGGAUUGCCCCUAAGAAUUCCCCCUUCCCUGGACAGAACCAUUCUCAGGUCCCGGAAUCUGCCAGAGGUAGAAUUUUCGCACCAUGAGUUUGCGGAGAUCGAGGAUGUCUCGAACACCAGCAAGCUCUAUGAAGAAGAGGAGAUGUGUUACAGGUCCUUCUGCUUUGACCCCGAAAGGCUCGAACAGCUCAAGAAGAAUUCCAUGGAAGACGGGGCCCUGUCUAAAUGCACGACCUUUGAAUCGUUGUCGGCCUUUGUGUGGAGGGCAAGAACUCGGGCUCUGAGGAUGCAGCCUGAUCAGCGGACGAAGCUCCUGUUUGCGGUGGAUGGACGCUCCCGGUUUGAUCCUCCUUUGCCGGAAGGAUACUUUGGGAACGGCAUCGUGUUAACUAACUCUCUCUGCAGUGCAGGAGAGCUGCUGGAGAACCCCAUGUCAUUUGCAGUGAAGCUGGUCCAGGAUGCAGUUAAGAUGGUUACAGACAGUUACAUGAGGUCUGCGAUAGAUUACUUUGAGAAGACGAGAGCAAGGCCCUCACUAGCUGCAACGCUCCUCAUCACUACUUGGUCGAGGCUUUCUUUCCACACGACUGAUUUUGGGUGGGGAGAGCCCAUCCUGUCGGGACCCGUCGCAUUGCCUGAGAAGGAGGUCAUCCUGUUCCUUUCCCAUGGAAAAGAAAGGAAAAGCAUAAACGUGCUCCUGGGUCUCCCUGAUUCCGCCAUGAAAACGUUCGAAGAAUUGAUGAUGGUAUGAUUCAGUCAAGUCAAGUAUCUGUCAGCACGUACUCAAUUGAAACUUGCUCCAUUGCAUUUAUGGUUUUUUUUUUUACAAUAUAUAUAUAUAUAUAUAUAUAUAUGCUCUCUUCCACUACUCAUUUUCCUAUGGAUUCCAGGAUUUCUUCUCUAUUGAAGAGAAUUUGUAUUGGCAUGCUGGUCUAUCCGUAGUAGUCCUAUUCGUUGCACAGAGGAACGAAAUCGUAUAAGUGUCCUUGCUUGCUUGUUA